GGCCCACCCAUCAUGAGACAUCCGCCCUCCCCAGGGUCCAACGGCCACCCGUCGCGCCACGAGGCCGCACGUUGCGACUCGACGCCGAACCCGAGUCCACACUCAGAUCACCCCAACGCGCGUUCCAGGCGCCCGACACCCGGUCCGUAGCUCCAUCUGAUCGUGCUGCGCUGCGCUCUCGCCAUUUACCCCAAUCCCAGGUGCGGCUCCGAAGACCGCGUGUUCGCGCACGUGUGCUACGUGCGUUGCGGAAAUGGUCGGACUUUUUCGGAGGGUACUCGAGACGAGAGGACGUGCCAAGGAUAGCGACUGCGGUCUUCGUGAAGAGUGUAUACGGAUAAUGCGAGCAAUAAGAUAUCUGGGCAUAUCCAGAUGUGACGCGCCCGGCAGGGAGUUCGUUUCUUAGCUGCAUAGCGCCUCACGACUAUUUCCCACCCCCAUUCUCCUCAGCAUGGCGCCAAAAUACCAGACAGCACUCAUCGGGACCUCGGACGGCGCAAUCCGCCUCUCCCACGAUGCUCCCGUACCAGAAGUUGUAGGCGACCACGUCCUCAUCAAGACAAAAGCCGUAUCCGUGAACCCGGUCGACACGAAAAUGACCGGCAGCUACGUGACCGCCGAUGCCAUCGCAGGCUUCGACUUUGCAGGGACCGUCGAAGAAAUUGGAUCAGAGGCCACGAAAUGCGGGAUCAUGCUCGGAGAUCGCGUCUGCACAGUCGUCCUGGGCAUGAAUUCGAACGAGCCUACCAUCGGCGCGUUCGCAGAGUGGACGACGGCGGCAGAAUGGACGCUGCUCAAGAUCCCCAACAGCCUGAGCUUCGAAGAAGGCGCAUCACUAGGCAUAAGUUUCAUGACGACGGGUCUCGCGAUCUUCAAGAGCCUCGGCGUCCCCGGCACGCCGCUGAAACCCAGCCCGCAACGGCUGCCCGUCCUCGUCUUCGGCGGCUCCUCCUCAACAGGCACAGCCGCGAUCCAGCUGCUUAAGCUCGCGGGCUUCGACCCCGUGGCCACGUGCUCACCGCACAACUUCGACCUCGUGCGAACGUACGGCGCCACCGCCGUCUUCGACUACAAGGACCCGGGCGUCGUGCCCGCCAUCAAAGCGUACACCAAAAACGGUCUCCGCUUCGCGCUCGACUGCAUCUCCACGACCGCUAGCAUGCAGUUCUGCUACCAGGUCAUCGGGCGCACAGGCGGGAACUACACGGCGCUGGAGCCGUAUGCCGAGGCCGUGGCGCAGAAGCGCAAGGUCGUGCGCCCGGACUGGGUCAUGGGCCCGCAGAUGAUGGGCAAGGAGAUUGGCUGGCCGAAACCUCACUGGAGGCCCGCGGAUGCGAAGAUCGGGCGCUUCGGCGCGGAGUGGACGGUCACGCUGCAGAAGCUGCUGGAUAAGGGGCUCAUAAGGCCGCAUCCGAUAUUGGUCAGGCAGGGCGGGCUGCCGGAUGUGCUGGGCGGGAUCGAGGAUAUCCGUGAGAAGCGAAUUUCGGGGCAGAAGCUUGUGUUUACUGUGUGAGAUGGGGAGGUUCACCUCUGGGGAGUUGUGCUCAGAGGAUCAUGCGCGGCUUUGGUUUAUGUAUGUAUUCUACAGAGACAUGUGGGAAGGAUUGAAUGCCACAUCCCUUCUUUAAUAAAAAAAGCUUGGGAUAUGUGGAUGCGCACGACAACUGUCUCAAAACCCUGUCACAGCCUUUUCGUAACCUCAGUUCGUUCAAUGAUUGACUGGCUACUCCAAGCACAGCGAGUAUUCGCCUGCCCUCUCUUCAACCUAGGUUAACGACCCUAGGUCUUCCCACUGUUCUUACAACCGACCAUCUCAAGCCAAUCUCAACACCCUGCCUUGAGUGCUAGAACCAAGACCGAACGAUACCAUCUCACUGGAACCGUCUCAAAAGCGAAAGACUUCAUAAAGAGAUCGUCAAUUGAUCGCGAUCAUGAC